AUGGCGGCAGCAAUCAAGGCCCUCAAUGCGAAGAUUCGCUCCAACCCCUACACCGACUACAUCUGCUCGACCCGUGAGUUGCCCUGCGAGAACAAGACUUUGAUAUCGCGCCGCAUCCAAGCACAAUCACAACAUCUCGUCUUGCGAUCGCCUGUUCACCUACCUUGCAACUCCUAUACUAACAUGGAGGCUCUGUGCAGANNCUUCUGGGGUCCCGCAUCUAACUUCGGUAUCCCUCUCGCUGCCGUCAUGGACACACAAAAGGACCCCGAAAUCUUGGGACUAAUACGCACACGCACCACAGUNAUCUCGGGAUCCAUGACACUCGCUCUCUGCGGUUACUCUGCUACAUUCAUGCGCUACGCCAUGGCCGUCACNCCCGUGAACUACCUCCUCUUCGGCUGCCACUUCGUCAAUUUUGGCGCACAGGCUACUCAGGGAUACAGAUACCUCAACUACUGGAAGUACGUCUCUCAAUUUUCCCGGCGCAUGUUGCUGCACAAUUCAAUGCUGACACGCGCCCUUCUNAGCUUCGGCGGUAAAGAGCUUAGAGAGAAGGCUACCCAAGAAGCUUCUCACAUCGCAGAUCAGGCCAAGGCUGCCGCCAACAAGGUCGAGAGCAAGGCCAAGGAGGUCGCCAACAAGGUCACCAGCUCAUAA